UGUGCUAUUAGGGGACCAACCCUUCAACUUGACGAUAAUAAAAAUUAUCAAAUGUUAUUUUUUUUUUUUUUUUUUUGGUUCUGUCUCAUUUAUUUUGCUAUUUCAUUUUCCUUCGGUGGAGUCACACGUGUCUGAAUGGAUUGAUUUGACCUCUCGGAGACGGCUGGUAUAGGGUCUGGAUAAGACUGCCUCACCAAAGUUGAAGACAGAGGCUGAGAGAGACAGCCGUAAGGAGGAAAAAUAGAAAGAAGAAAAAUGGCAUCCUUCUCAUCCAAGCUGCUCGGACGGCUCUCCGGCAGCUCGACCUUCUUUCCCAUCAAGCCAACCAUAUGGGUCCUCAAGACCUUUGCGCUGUUCCACGUCUUCUUCUACAACGGCUACAGCUACUCGGCCACCUGGGGACCCUCGAUGCUGCCGACCUUUGAGGUCGUCGGCGAGGCCGCCGUCAUUAACCGCACAUACCGCCGCGGCAGGAACGUCCGGGUCGGCGACGUCGUGGCCUACGACAUACCCGUGGAGAAGAAAGAUACGGGCAUGAAGAGGGUCAUUGGGAUGCCCGGAGAUUACGUCCUCAUCAACUCGCCAGAGAGCGGAAGCAGUGAGAUGAUUCAGGUCCCUCCGGGUCAUUGCUGGCUUGUUGGAGACAACAUUCCCGCCUCAAGAGACUCGCGCCACUACGGACCAGUGCCUCUUGCUUUGAUUCAUGGGAAAGUGGUUGGGAAAUGGUUCCCAUGGAAAAGCUUCAAGAACGGCCUACAGAAAGUCUCCGAGUCUGACUAGAGAGCGUUCCUCCCAAAAUUCUCAGUCCAAGAUCAUACUUAGACCAAAACAUUCAUUAUGAAACUUGGGGGCGAAGAGGGCCAUCUUCUUUUUACACUUUGGGAUCCAGGGCCAAGCGGCAAAAUAUAUCAAAAACACACACAUAAUUCGCCUCCACGGUGCAUAAAAUUAUAACGUCAGAUCGUCUUGGUAUGAGAUGCUUAAAAAAA